GCAUGCGCAGCGCGUCCCCGGGAGGAGCGCGGGGUCCGUCCGUUGGCGUCCCGCACCCCCCGCGAUCCCCGCACCCCCCCCGCACCCCCCGGGCCCACGGGCGGAGGAAGCGGAGGCGGAGCGCGGAGGGGGGGGGGGUCCCACCGGCGGCGGGAUGAGCGGAAGGCCCCGGCCGGGCCUACGGCGUCCAUGACAGGUCGCCCAUAGCCGCGGGGCCACCGCAGCGCUGAGCAGCGCCAUGAGCGAAGUGGCCGUGGUGAAGGAGGGCUGGCUGCACAAGAGGGGGGAAUACAUCAAGACGUGGCGGCCCCGCUAUUUCCUGCUGAAGAGCGACGGGUCCUUCAUUGGCUACAAGGAGCGCCCCGACAGCCCCGACAGCGCCUCGCCGCCCCUCAACAACUUCUCGGUGGCGGAGUGCCAGCUGAUGAAGACGGAGCGCCCGCGGCCCAACACGUUCGUCAUCCGCUGCCUGCAAUGGACGACGGUCAUCGAGAGGACCUUCCACGUGGAUUCCCCGGAGGAGCGGGAGGAGUGGAUGAGGGCGAUUCAGACGGUGGCCAACAGCCUGAAGGAGCAGCAGCAGCCGGGGGGGGACGGGGGGGACUGCAAAUGUGGGACCCCCGGGGACAACAGCGGGGCGGAGGAGAUGGAGGUCGCUGUGAGCAAGAGCCGGGCCAAGGCGACGAUGAACGAUUUCGACUACCUGAAGCUGUUGGGGAAGGGAACGUUCGGGAAGGUGAUCCUGGUGAGGGAAAAGGCCACGGGGCGGUACUACGCCAUGAAGAUCCUCCGCAAGGAGGUCAUCAUCGCCAAGGACGAGGUCGCGCACACCGUCACCGAGAGCCGCGUGCUGCAGAACACCCGGCACCCCUUCCUGACGGCCCUGAAAUACGCCUUCCAGACCAGCGACCGCCUCUGCUUCGUUAUGGAAUACGCCAACGGCGGCGAGCUCUUUUUCCACCUCUCCCGGGAGCGCGUCUUCACGGAGGAGCGCGCGCGGUUCUAUGGGGCUGAGAUCGUCUCUGCCCUGGAGUACCUCCACUCCCGGGACGUGGUGUACCGCGACAUCAAGCUGGAGAAUCUGAUGCUGGAUAAGGAUGGGCACAUUAAGAUCACCGACUUUGGGCUCUGCAAAGAGGGCAUCAGCGAUGGGGCCACCAUGAAGACCUUCUGUGGGACCCCCGAGUACCUGGCGCCCGAAGUGCUGGAGGACAACGACUACGGGCGCGCAGUGGACUGGUGGGGCCUCGGGGUGGUGAUGUAUGAGAUGAUGUGCGGCCGCCUGCCCUUCUACAACCAGGACCACGAGCGCCUCUUCGAGCUCAUCCUGAUGGAGGAGAUCCGCUUCCCCCGCACCCUCAGCCCCGAGGCCAAAGCGCUGCUGGCCGGGCUGCUCAAAAAGGACCCCAAGCAGAGGCUGGGCGGCGGCCCCACGGACGCGCAGGAGGUGAUGGAGCACCGCUUCUUCGCCGCCAUCAACUGGCAGGACGUGGUGCACAGGAAGCUCGUGCCCCCCUUCCGGCCUCAGGUGACCUCAGAGAUCGACACGCGGUACUUUGACGACGAAUUCACGGCGCAGUCCAUCACCAUCACCCCGCCCGACCGCUAUGACGACGUGGACGCCCUGGACGGCGAUCAGCGCACGCACUUCCCCCAGUUCUCAUACUCUGCCAGCAUCCGGGAGUGACCCCCCGGGGGGCUGCCCCACAUCGAGGGGGCUGCCCCACAUCCGUGGGGUCUGCCCCUGUCCGUGGAGGCCGCCCCGCAUCUGGGGGGCUGCCCCACAUCAAGGGGUCUUCUGUCCGUGGGGGCCGCUCUACAUUGAGGGGUCCGCCCCGCACCGGUGGGGUCCGCCCCACGUAAUGGGGUCUGCCCCACACCGAGGGGUGUUCUCCUGUCCGUGGGGGCUGCCCCACAUUGAGGGAGGCUGCCCCACAUCUGGGGGUCUUCCCUGGUCAAUGGGGGCUGCCCCACGCCGAGGGGUUUGCCCCUGUUUGUGGGGGCAGCUCCACACUCGGGGGUCUGCCCCACACCGACGGAUCUGCCACGCUCAAUGGGGGCGCUGCCCCACAUCUGGGGGUCUUUCCCCGGUCAAUGGGGGCGCUGCCCCACACCUGGGGCUCUGCCCCACACCGAGGGCUCUUCCCCCCUCAGUGGGCGCUGCCCCACACCAAUGGGGAUCUUACCCACACCAAUGGGGUCUUCCUCCAUCACUGGGGGUCUUUGCCACAUCCAUAUGGGGCUGCCCCACAUCAGUGGGGUUCCCCCCCCGCCCCCCGCUCAGUGCCGGACUCUUUCUAUGCUAUUUUAUUAUUAUUAUCUAUUUUGGGUUGGUUUGAAA